AUGAGGAUCGCUUUUAACUUUAUCUUCUGCGCUGACUAUUUGGUCAUGGCCCCCGACGUCUCUGGCGUCGAAAGGUGUAGCACAAUCUACUGGAUCGCUUUGCUGGGACUCUAUCCCAUCGUUGGCGCCUCCGUUCUCGUCGCUGUGCGGUUCAUGAGGCGGCUCGCCGAAUGGCACCUGCAGCGGGGCGAUGGCACCAUCGAGGGCGACCCGACGAUUGGAAGGGGCGCAGUGAUGGCCAUGCCUUUGAUGGCCACUGCCGUCGGCCUCCUCGCCGGACUCCUCGGCCUUGGGGGAGGCGAGUUCUUGGUGCCGCUGCUGUUGGAGUUCGGCACACAUCCUCGCGUGGCCGCGGCCACUUCAGGCUUUCUGAUCUUCUUCAACACAUCGUCGAAUGUGGCUCACUAUCUCCUUGCGGGGACCAUUGAGCCCUUCAUGGCGUAUGGUGUGGGCUGCUUCCUGUUUGCGAUGUUUGGCUCACUUUGUGGUUUGCUGGCCGGCAACACGCAGUAUGUCAAGGAGCACAGCUACAUCAUUAUCUUUCUGGUUGCACUGGCGCUCUUCGCCUCAGCGAUCCUUUUGACACUCCGUGGCUUCUCCGAGAUCAGCUGGUCCUUCACAGGCUUCUGCCCUGCCUGA